AUGGACGUUGAAUCUUCACUUAACUCUACCGAACUUAAAAAUGAUUCGACGAAAGAAGACCCUCCCACCGAUACUACCGCAACUUCUUCCUCGGGAUACUCCAUAAACCCCUUACAAGUUCAAAUUUCUGAACCGCAAACUGAGCAUCUUAAUUCUCUCGAGUCUGCCUCAAACAAAACCACCAUUUCCAACCCUUCUAACUUAAUCAGUGUUAAUACAACCCCUUCUCAAGUUCCAGAGAUAAAUACUUCACCACCUGGUGAGUUGACACCUCAAAAUUUGAAUUUUUCUUCCCAAGAUAUAAACUUGUUGACGUCUAAUUCCAACAGAACAAUAUCUGGUUCUCUAACUCUAUCACCAGUUAAUUAUAAUUCUGAUUCUAGUAAUUUAGCUUCUCCUUCUACUCCUCUUUCAUCACAAAAAGGUAGCCCAUCUUCAGGUUUAUACAAUUCGUUUGCUUUAAAUUCUCAAGAACAAGCAACUACUUCCGGACAGCCGCAAAGUCCUACUCCUGUAAAAGCAAAACCAUACGCUUGUACAGAAUGUAAUCAAACAUUUAGUCGACAACAUAAUCUUAAAUCACAUGCGUUGACCCAUUCUCAAGAAAAACCUUUUCAAUGUGAGAGAAGCUUUGCAAGGUUAGAUGCUUUGAACAGACAUUUACGCGCGGAAAGUUUCUGUGGUGGUCCACAAAAAAAGCUCUACCAAACUUCUACAAAUGGACAAAAACUCUCUCAACAAAAAACCGAACAGAAAAUCGAUAAAAAUCAUAUGGAUUCGCAAAUGAAUAAAUCACCGACAUUACAAUCAGAAUCUCUGAGACAAUCACAGGAAAAUUUUCAACAAGUUCAAGAGCAAUAUAAACAAUGGCAUCAACAAAUUCAGAUGCAAAAAUCGCCUUCAAAUCUUAAUAAUUCGACUCGAAUUGGUCAAAUAGUCUUUCCUGUUGACUCUGUCACGAAAGCCACAUCUGCAAAUAUUCAACGUUAUUCCAUUCAAUAUGCUCAAGAUUCUCAACAAAGGAUUGUUGAUGAUCCAAUUAAAAUAGAUCCAGAUGUUGAUACAAUUAUAAUUAAUCGUAGAACAACUGCGAUGUCUCAAUUAGAAAUACAAUUGAAGGAGCGUAAUGAUUACCUUGAAGAUCGUGUUCGUCAACUUGAAAAUGAGGUAAUUAAUGAGCGUAAAUUGCGUAAUCGACGUGAAUUGCUUGAAGACCAAGUAAGAAAACUUGAGAUUGAGAAAAAUCUUCUUAAAUCUCUCUUGCUUGAGAGAAGCAACCGAGGGCCUGCUGAUAUAGGUCCCACUGGGGGACCUGGAGGGGGUUCCCCAAAACAUCAAAAAGAUUACGAUGGUGCUGCCGUAAUUCCACAGUCCGCACAAUAA